AUGCCAUACAAGUUUGUUAUUAAGGCACAUGAAAGUUCACAUGUUCCAGAAGGCAUUUCUGACAAAAAAACGCAUUUUGAUUUUAAAAAAGUUUACGUUCAAAUGGCUCUCCUGUGAAGUAGUGACGCGCGACAGACGCCUAUUUUCCUGAAACAAGUCACAUAUGAUCAACUUUUUUUAUUUCGCUGUGCAAAUUUACUGGAUAUAUUCACUGCGGUAUUAAGCCUAACAUUGAGCUUAUGAAUUAUGGGCUAAUAUGCAUACACUUCUAACUUCUAAGGCUAUAGUAGGCUACAUGUCGAGCCUGUCUGUCUUCAUUGUUCUGUUGCGCAAGUACGCACCUGGCCUCUCCGCUGCCACGGCUAUUCGUUUUAAAUCUUGUGGAAUUCCAGGAAAAGCAAGACUACAAAAGCUUGUUGAACCUUUAUUUCAACUUAUUUUCUUUAGCCUACUAAUAGCCUAUUGGAGGAGAGAUGCAAGCUUGCUCUUGCUUGCUGAAUGUACACCAGGCUAUAGAUUUAACGGGGGAGUUGAAAAGGAGAAGCCCAUCUUUUCCUAUAGUAGGUCUAUCUUAACACCGGGCUACAUCCUGACAAAAUAGGCCUACACCAUAUGAGUGGCCUCCUAAUGUACCUUUCUGGACCUUCUAAACUGUCGAGAAUAGACCCAAACUUAUCCAAAUGGUUGCAUAAUCAGGCCUACGCUGUUGGCCUAUGCUGUUACUGCAGUUCACAGCCUAUGGACAAUAAUUGCGAAUUCAUUUGAUAACAGUAAUAAAUUCCUAAUUGCACUGUGUUGUUGUAGCCAAGGUAUAAUAAUGUUCUUGUCUAAAAACAUAGACCUAAUCAAUAGUGGAGCUUUGUGUGCCCGGGGACCACAGAGCGCAGCCUGGAGGAACACACUACAGAUCUGCCAUUUCAUAAUCUGUUAACCUAUUUUUAUUGCACGCUGACAGGUAAAUAUUUAACCUAUAGCCGUAAUAUUUAGCUAAUGAAUGGCCUAAUAUCUAGCUAAUAUUUAGCUUAUUACUUCGGCUACACAUCGCUAGCCUCUCCCUACCAGCUGUUCCCGUGUGCAACAGGCUAUAUGCUAUGCAAGUUUCUCAGAAAUAGGCCAUUCCUCUUCUCGUGAAAUCCCAGGAAAAGCUAUAGGCUACAAAAGCUAUAGGACAUUUAUUUUGAUACUUUUUUAUACUAGGCCUAAUAGUUUAUUAGGGGAAAUAAGCUGGCUUGCACUUGCUAAUUGCUUAAUGUAAAACAGGCCUUGAAAAUGCAUGUCGGGGAAAGUUGAGGAGAGAAAGUGCAUUGGUGUGAUCACUUUUGGCUGGUUAUGAUAACAUUGUUGCACUGAUGCAUUGCAAAUAGUUGCACAGGUCAUACAGAGAUGAACACAGUGAAAAAGAAGACCCAAAGGAAUUGACAACCAUUAGAAAAAUAGAAAUCACUUGCAAACCAUUUGAGCAACAAGGCAAUGACAUGCUGUAAAAGAUGUGCAGGCUAAAUAGUGUUUGUUGUUUAAUUGCUACAUUUAAAUAUUAGUUACUAUAUUAUUUUUCAUUAGACCUACAUGUAUAUUGAAGUAUUAUUUGCAGUUGUCACUAUGACAAUGAACAUACCCUGAAAGCACUGAAUGGUCACUCUGAACCAGUAUCUGUGCCACAGAGUUUCUAAACCCAGAGGCAGAACAUUGCAAGACUUCGGGGAACGCUUCGAAGCAGAUCAAGUAGACCAGUCUGGGGUUUGGGGUUAGAGACGUCAAUGAGAGAAGUUAAACAUUCUUCCUUACAUGUUAAUUUUCUCGAAAUCUAAAGACACAACCUAGAUUCAACCCAAUGUCUUAAGUAGUUGAACAUGUUAUUUCUCCAACCUCGUGAAAGUGACAAACUGACACGUUUUAAUUUUCGCCAAAAACUACUUUAUAUCGAAGGCAUGCCUUUGAUUUGACAGCCUGCACAUGCACAGUUCGGCACGAGAGACCAGAUGAUGCAUUCCUGCACGAGCUUAGCUAGCCAACGUCGACAUGACAUCGCCUACAAGUGUGAUCAGGGAUUUCUAUUGGAGAAGCAGUUUCUGCCUAUCUUCAAACUGUACUGUCUUUGUCUGUGCGUUAGAGACCUCAUGAAUGGUCUUCUGUUACAGCCUUAUUAAUGCAGUAGGAUGCGUUGAUCAGUUGAUUGACAGGUGUAGGACUGUAGACCAAUAAACUAUAAACUUUCCUCUAGUGUGGAUGCUCACCAAUGUUUUAUAGUUAUGUAGCCUAUAGUUUAUCAUUAUAGUUAUCGUUAUAGUUAUUGGCUUGGUGGAUGGCCCGGGCCUUAAUUAACUCUACCACAGCACAACUAAAAUUAUUAUCACAACAGAACUAGCCUACUAGUAGGUCUAGAUAACAUUUGUGAACUUGAAUUAAAUAAAUAUACAAUUACACUUAUACACUUACACUUAUACUUGUUUACUUGACUUUUAUACUCUAUAAAUGUUUGCCACCAGCAUGCUGUGGUAGGGAAGUAAAGCUGAAGACGAAUCCAUCACUUCCGUUGUUUGGCUGUGCCCAUAGCAGCGCUCCAAAAUUAGGUGGAUACACUUCCUCAUGAACUCAGUCACAGUGUCAGUGUAUACGUCAAUGUCUCAGAGGCAACCCGGAACAUGUCCAAGUCUUCGUGAUCAAAACUAGUUUGAAGCAUCGAUUUCGAUUGGUCAGACCAGCUUUGAACCGUCCUUACCACGGGUACUUCCUGUUUGAGUUUCUGCCUAUAGGAAUGGAGGAGCAGAAUAGAGGCAUGAUCUGAUUUGCUGAAGGGAGGGCGAGGGAGGGCCUUGUAGCCAUUCCGGAAGGGAGAGUAACAAUGGUCGAGAGUUUUUGAUGCGCGAGUAAUGCAGGCAAUGUGUUGAUAAAUCUUUGGUAGCGUUUUCCUCAGAUUUGCUUUAUAAAAGUCUCCAGCUACAAUAAAUGCAGCCUAACGAUAUGCAGUUUUCAGUUUGCACAAAGUCCAGUGUAGUUCCUUGAGAGCCGUCGUGGUAUCGGCUUGAGGGGGAAUAUAUACAGCUGUGACGAUGACCGAAGAGAAUACUCUCGGGAGGUAAUGCGGUUGGCAUUUGAUUGAGUUAUUCUAGGUUGGGUGAACAAAAUGACUUAAGGUAUUGUACGUUACCACAGUCACACCAUGAGUAGUUAAUCAUGAAACAUACACCUCUGCCUUUUUCCUAAUCUGCAUCGGAUGCACUCUUAAAUGUGCUGCUACUCACAUAAUGUUGCUCAAGUUAUGAUGUUGCGUGCAUUUUGUCACAUGCUCGCAGUCAAACAACCAAUAAUAACGUGCAACCCUGUGUUUGGUCUGGACUGCGUUCUCACUGGCAGCGAACUGCACCACUGUGAAACCACCCUUUUUGAGCGAACCACGGUGUGGAUAUAAUGUUCACACCAGUCCAAACGAACCAAAAUAAAAAAACGCACCAAACCAUUUGGAAAAAAACGCACCAAACCAUUUUGGUGUGAAAGCCCCCUAAGACUUAUUCCUCCUCUCUCCCCUAACUCCUCCUUAUUUCUUAUCCGCUCUUCUCUCUUCCUAUCUCUUCUCACUCCUUACCCCCUCCUCGCCCUGCCUCCUCCUUCCUCUCCUUCCUCUCCUCUCCCCCCAAACCCCUCCUCUCCUCCACCCCACUCCCUCCUCUCCCCACUUCCCCUUCCCCCCACCUCCCUCAUAAAUCCCCCCAGGUGCUAGCAAUAGACCCAGACGAUGGGGACAAUGGGACAGUGGUGUACAGCAUCAGCCCAGAGAACCCCUUCUACACCAUCAACAGCAGCACAGGGAAGAUCAGGACCAGCGGGGUUGUGCUGGACAGAGAGAGUUCCAACCCCAAAGACACCCUGCACAUGAGGACCAUCAUCGUGUCUGCUGUCGACAGUGAGUCCCAACCCAGGCCAGAACUCUGUCUGUCUGUCUGUUGGUAGAUUGGUUGGUCGGUCGGUCUGUGUGUCUAUUUGUCUGUCUGUCUGUCUGUCUGUCUGUCUGUCUGUCUGUCUGUCUGUCUGUCUGUCUGUCUGUCUGUCUGUCUGUCUGUCUGUCUGUCUGUCUGUCUGUCUGUCUGUCUGUCUGUCUGUCUGUCUGUCUGUCUGUCUGUCUGUCUGUCUGUAUGUCUGUCUGUCUGUCUGUCUGUCUGUCUGUCUGUCUGUCUGUCUGUCUGUCUGUCUGUCUGUCUGUCUGUCUGUCUGUCUGUCUGUCUGUCUGUCUGUCUGUCUGUCUAGCUGGGACUGAGACGUCUGUCUGUCUAUUCAUGUGUUUGUUUGUGUGUGUGUGUGUGUGUGUGUGUGUGUGUCUGUCUGGAGCUGAAGAGUGUGUAAAUCUGUCAGCCUACUGUAUCAGUAUCUAAAUUACAGUGUCAGUUUAUAUGUGAGUCUCUGCAAUAACACUGUUUCAACCAAAUCUUCCUUCUACUUUAAUAUUGAUGGUAAAACUUUUAUUGCCGUUUUGUGCUCUUGUAAAUGCUGUGUUUAUUCCUCUGGCGCCCCCUCCAGUUGGCAGACCUCCACUGCGUUCUUCAGUCAGCACCACGGUGUACGUCAACUUGCUGGACCUGAAUGACAACGACCCCACCUUCCUUAACCUGCCCUUUGUGGCCGAGGUGCCAGAAGGCCUGCCUAGUGGAUCCUCUGUGUUCAAGGUCAGCACACCAUUACAAGAUAUUAUUAGAGUUAGUUGCCUGUGUCUUUGUAUCAGAUUAAUCAGAUUAAUCCACGACACUGGCAUGUCUGACGGGCCUCAUUCCAUGAUAUGUCAUCAAUACAUGCCAGUGUGGCAGAUUAAACUGAUAUCAUGACAGUGCGUGUGUGUGAAGGCUAAUUGAAAAAUCUCCUUUGUUUCUGUAACUGUCUGUCAUGUCCUCCUCUCACUUCUGUUCACCGCACCACUUCCAUCUUUCUCUCGCUCUCUGUCCCCUCUGUUUCCUAUCCACACACCUCUUACUCCUCUCCCCUCUCACCCUACCCCCUCUCCUCUACUAUCUCACCUCUCCUCCCUUCCUCUCCUCUUUCUCUCCUCCUCUCCUCUCUCUCUCUGUCCUCUCCCUUCCUCCUCUCUGUCUCUUUCUCUCCCUCUUUCUCUCCCUCUCCGUUCCUUUCCCUCAAUCCCUCUCUCCUCUCCUCCCUCAGAUCCAGGUGGAUGACCCUGAUGAGGAGGAGAAUGGUAUGGUUACCAUGGCGCUACUGGUGGGCAUGCCACGCCUUGACUUCUAUCUCAACAGCACCACGGGCGUGCUGUACUCCACAGCAACGCUGGACCGCGAGCAGAUUGGCCAGUACCACCUGAGGAUUGUGGCAUACGACAAAGGGCAGAAACCACGCACCUCCACCAGCACCCUCACCAUCACAGGUAUGCAAUAGUCAGGGCAUGUAUUCAUAAAGCGUCUCAGAGUAGGAGUGCUGAUCUAGAAUCAGUUUUGCCUUUCAGAUCAUAAUGACUAAGACAGUGGGGACCUGAUCCUAGAUCACCACACCUACUUUCAGAUGAUAUGUGAAUACAGGACACGGCUAGACCAACAUACAAACUUUGCACCAUGUAAAGACUGAUUCAAGACUCGCAGAGAUUUGCAGAGUAUAACCUGCUGGUCUGAAGCAGAUCUUUUAGAAGUGCUGAGAGAUUAAUGAGAAUCUAUUAAAUGUGUUACUUGUCUUGUCCGCCUACUGCGCAUGAUUACAUUUAUUUUACAAAGAUGAAUAUGAAAACAUGAUAACUCAGAGUCUAUGUGUCUCUCUUUGUCUGUCUGUCUGUCUGUCUGUCUGUCUGUCUGUCUGUCUGUCUGUCUGUCUGUCUGUCUGUCUGUCUGUCUGUCUGUCUGUCUGUCUGUCUGUCUGUCUGUCUGUCUGUCUGUCUUGUCUCCCUGUGUCCCUCAGUCCUAGAUGCCAACGACGAGACCCCCACAUUCUUCCCCAAAGUGUACAAUGUGUCCCUGCAGGAGAGCGUCCCCAGGGACCAUGUGGUGGCUCACCUCAACUGCUUCGACAACGACGCCGGCCUCAACGCUGAGCUCAGCUACUUCAUCACAGGUCAGAGGUCAAACUAAGGCCAUGGCAGCCACAAAUGUGUGCGUGUGCGAGUGGGUGUGUGUGUGUGUGGUGUGUGAGUGGUUGGGAAACACGUGUGUGCAUCUAGAGUGGUUGGGCAAAACGUAGAGGUGUAUUAUGUGAAUUUCCUACUCCUUGUGUAUGUGUGGACACUACACUCUUAGAAAAAAGGGUUCCAAAGGGGUUCUUUGCGGAGGAAUAGGGUUCUACUAAGAACUGUUUUAAUCAGAAGAACCCUUUUUGGAAGACAAGGGUUCUAUGUAUCUAUAACCUUUAACAUCCUAAGAAUCUUUUUUGGAAGAAAGGGUUCUUUGAUGGUUCUUUGGAAGGAAAGAAUAAUUCUUUGGAAGGCAAGAAGGGUUUUUACAAAUAACCAUAUAUCAUAUUUCCCAGCAUGCUCUAUUGCAGUGAUAUUUUCAGAAUUGUUUGUUUUACUGUUAUAUCUGUUGUUUUUGCAUUGAUUGGUUGAUACAUUUUAUGCUACACAAAGAUAAAUAACAUACCGUUUUCUAAUCUACUCCAAUCUGUUAGUAAUUGGAUUUAUUGCACCCGUUAGUGAGAUGGUUGUUCAAGUUUAGAUGAUUUAGGUAGUCUCAGUAUUCAGUCUUCCCAUCCCUGGCAGUCAUUCUGAUUGCAGGUUGCAGGUGAUUAACAAUUCUACUUGUUGGAUAUCCUAACUCAGGCUGGAUUCCAAUAGGAAUUACACAACACUUUGCAAACCAGCAUACUGUAAUUUGCAGGUCUGGUGUGGCCUGUAAAGCAGGAGAUUCCUAACACCCCUGUGUUAGGGUAUUACUAGGCCCUCAAAGAAAGGCCUUAUAUAUGUAUUGUCAUAAAUCAUAACAUUUUAAAGGCUAAUAAGGCUGGUGGAACUGUCCAUAGAGUGUUUUAAGAAGAACCCUCCAAAGAUAAAAGGGUUCUCAGUAGAACCCUUCAUAGAUGGUUCUAGGAAGAACCUUUAGAUUAUAAAAUGGUUCUUGGUAGAACCCUUCAUAGAGGGUUCUAGGUAGAACUAUAUACAGUGGGUUCUUUGAAGAACCCUAUGUAGAGGGUUCUAGAUAGACCCCUCUGCAAAGGGUUAUACCCAGCACCAAAAAGGGUUCCCCUAUGGGGACAAACCGAAGAACCCUGUACGGUUCUAUUUAGCACCUUUUUUUCUAAGAGUGUAGUGUAUAUGUGUGUGUGUGCAUGCAGACUUGCGUUCAUUUAUGUGUAUAAGUGAAUAGCCGAGAUUUACAUGUAAUGUUCCACCAUCUGUGUGUUGUGUUCUGCAGAUGGUAACCAGGAUGGUAAAUUCAGUGUUGGCUUCAGAAAUGGUGUGGUCCGGACUGUGGUUGCCCUGGACAGAGAGACACUGGCUGCAUACAAACUGGUCAUAGAGGCUAUCGGUGAGUCCUAGCCCUAUAAGAGUAUUUUUCAGUCCUAGCCCUAUAAUAGCCUUCAUCUUUGUUUUUACUCUGUGUAUUUAGACCAAUUGUAUUUGUUCCAUUUUGGGCUUGUUUUAGUGUACAUGUUCUGUAUGAUUUCAAACUUCAAAUAAAUUGGUUCAAAGCUACAAUCCUUUUGUACAUCUGUGAGAUUGAGAAGUGAGAAGUGAUGCAUGCAAGUCUUCAGGGAUGUAAAAUGUUGUGCUACGGUCUCUGUUCCUUUUCAUCAUCGUACUAAAGAGAGAACAAUAAGGGUUGCAUCCUAAAUACAAGCCUAUUCCCUUGUUAGUGCACUACUUUUCACCAGGGCCCAUAGGGCUCUGGUUCAAAGAUGUAAAACUUUGUAAGGAAUAGGCUGCCAUUUGGGAUGCAACCAAGGUUUGAGGUUUCCUGUUGUUGUUUUUCUUGAAACCUUUAAGUACAUCUCAGUUGUUCUGAGGUGUCUGCUGCUAGGGCUGUUCAGACACCUCACUGUGUGUAUACAAUGAGUAUACCAAACAUUAGAAACACAUUCCUAAUAUUUUGGGUGGUGGAACAUUCUUGAUACACACGGGAAACUGUUGCGCUGUUGCAGUUUUUGACACAAAUUGGUGCGCCUGGUACCUACAGUACACCAUACCCUGUUCAAAGGCACUUAAAUAUUUUGUUUUGCCCAUUCACACUCAAGGCUUGAAAAUCCUUCUUUAACCUAUCUCAUCCACUUCAUCUACACUGAUUUAGGUGGAUUUAACAAGUGAUAUCAAUAAGGGAUCAUAGCUUUCACUUGGUCAGUCUGUCAUAGAAAGAGCAGGUGUUCUUAAUGUUUUAUAUACUAAUUUAGGCGGAGAGAGGGGAAGAGAGGGGGGGGGGGGGGGAUUGAGAGAAGAGGAGAGCACUCAUGUUACUACCUCAGAAGUGAUUGAACAUGGCUCAACUUUGAGUAUCCCACUGAUAUUUUUUCAAAUGUUGGGUUUUCAAAGACUCAGUUUGUUUUUGUUUUCUAUUGUAUGGUUUUAAUGAUUCGAUUAUACAGUUGGUUUUAUUUACAAAGAUGGCAAAGAUAUUGACUUUAGUUGAAAUGCAACCAAUGAAUGCACUGAGUGUAAGUUGCUAAAUGACUCAAAUGAAAUAAAAUUUUAGCUGUGUCAUAAAACAGAAAAAUAUGUUCACUGGCCCAGUUUCUCAGAAACUGACAGACACAUACACACAGUGUUGUAAUGUGUGAAUGUGUGUCCCCCUCAGAUAAUGGUCCAGCAGGCAGCAGGAGGACAGGCACAGCCACAGUGUUUGUAGAAGUACUGGACGUGAACGACAACAGACCCAUCUUCCUCCAGAACAGCUAUGAGACCAGCAUACUAGAGAAUGUCCCCAUUGGAACCAGCAUCCUGCAGGUACACAGGCAGGCUGACACACACACACACACACACACACACACACACACACGUACACACACACACACACACACACACGUACACAUACAGAUAGAUGUAUGAUCUUAAUUUGAUCACCCUGUUGCAGGAGAAAUUUCCUGCAAUGCAAUUUGAUUUGAGGUUUAAAAAGGCUUCUGAAAUGUGUAAUCCCUUACAAAAAAUGCAUCAACCUCUACACAUUUCCAUUAAUUAUAAUCCACAUACAGUGCCUUGCAAAAGUAUUCAUCCACCUUGGCGUUUUUCCUAUUUUGUUGCAUUACAACCUGUAAUUUAAAUUGAUUUUUAUGUGUGAACAGUGCAAACUGGCUCUAACCAGAUUAGAAAGAGGAGUGGGAGGCCCCGGUUCACAACUGAGCAAGAGGACAAAUACAUUAGAGUAUCUAGUUUGAGAAACAGACGCCUCACAGGUCCUCAACUGUCAGCUUCAUUAAAUAGUACCCGCAAAACACCAGUCUCAACGUCAACAGUGAAGAGGUGACUCUGGGAUGCUGACCUUCUAGGCAGAGUUUCAAAGAAAAAGCCAUAUCUCAGACUGCCCAUCUUAAUAUUUUAUUUUUAUUGGCCAGUCUGAGAUAUGGCUUUUUCUUUGCAACUCUGCCUAGAAGCUCAGCAUCCCGGAGUCGCCUCAGUUGCUCAGUUGUGAACCGGGGCCUCCCACUCCUCUUUCUAAUCUGGUUAAAGCCAGUUUGCGCUGUUCUAUGAAGGGAGUAGUACACAGCGUUGUACGAGAUCUUCAGUUUCUUGGCAAUUUCUUGCAUGGAAUAGCCUUAAUUUCUCAGAACAAGAAUAGACUGACGAGUUUCAGAAGAAGGUUAUUUGUUUCUGGACAUUUUGAGCCUGUAAUCGAACCCACAAUUGCUGAUGCUCCAGAUACUCAACUAGUCUCAAGAAGGCCAGUGUUAUUGCUUCUUUAAUUACCGCAACAGUUUUCAGCUGUGCUAACACAAUUGCAAAAGGGUUUUCUAAUGAUCAAUUAGCCUUUUAAAAUUAUAAACUUGGAUUAGCAAACACAACGUGCCAUUGGAACACAGGACUGAUGGGUGCUGAUAAUGGGCCUCUGUACGCCUCUGUAGAUAUUACAUUCAAAAUCAGCAGUUUCCAUCUACAAUAGCCAUUUACAACAUUAACAAUGUGUACACUGUAUUUUUGAACAAUUGGAUGUUAUUUUAAUGGACAAAAAAAUUGCUUUUCUUUCGAAUACAAGGACGUUUCUAAGUGACCCCAAAUCUUUGAACGGUAGUGUACACGCGCACACUCACACACACCCACACACACACACACACACACACACACACACAGCAGUGUAAAGUAUUUAAGUACAAAUACUUUAAAGUACUACCUAACUCGUUUUUUGGGGUAUCUGAACUAUUGAUAGUUUUAAUAACUUUUACUUUCCUAAAGAAAAUAAUGUACUUUUUACUCCAUACAUUUUCCCUUACACCCAAAAGUUCUUGUUACAUUUUAAAUGCUUAGCAGGACAGGAAAAUGGUCCAAUUCACGCACUCAUCAAGAGAUCAUACCUGGUCAUCCCUACUGCCUCUGAUCUGGCAAACUCACUAAACACACAUGCAUCGUUUGUAAAUUAUGUCUGAGUGUUGGAGUGUGCUCCUGGCUAUCCAUAAAUUAUAAAUCAAGAAAAUGGUACCAUCUGGUUUGCUUAAUAUAAAGAAUUUGAAAUGAUUCAUACUUUUCCUUUUCCUUUGGUACUUGUCAGUGGGUGCUGUAGGUGGGUGUGGUGCAGGAAUCAGGCGCAGGACGCAGAAACUUAGUUCAAAAGACUUUAGUGAACACUCACUCAUAACACGAGCCAAAAAGCCCGGAGGCGAGAAAAUACGCACACAGGCGUAAAACAAAAUGCGCACUAACAUGUGCGAGAACCCUCCCUAACAGAGGAGGAAAACAACGAAGCACAGACAACCAACAGUAGCGCACAAACACGACAGCAAGUACAAUCACACACAACACCUGACAAACACAACGAGAACUUAUAGGACACUAAUGAGCGCUAAACGAAAACAGGUGUACAACAUCAAGACAAAACCAAACGAACAUCGAAACAUACAACGGUGGCAGCUAGUACUCCGGAGACGACGACCGCCGAAGCCUGCCCGAGCAAGGAAGAGAGGCAGCCUCGGCCGAAACUGUGACAGUACCCCCCCUUGACGCGCGGCUCCAGACGUGCGCCGACUCCGGCCUCGGGGACGACCAGGAGGACGCGGAGCAGGGCGCGUCGGGUGACUACGGUGGGAUUCUGUCAGGAGAGACGGGUCCAAAAUGACUCUCCUCGGCACCCAGCACCGUUCCUCCGGGCCGUACCCCUCCCACUCCACGAGAUAUUGGAGACCCCCCAUCCGACGUCUCGAAUCCAAGAUGGACCGCACGGAGUACGCCGGUGCCCCCUCGAUGUCCAAUGGGGGCGGAGGAGUCUCUCUGAUUUCAUCUUCCUGGAGUGGACCAGCUACCACCGGCCUGAGAAGAGACACAUGGAACGAGGGGUUAAUAUUCUUAUAAUCAAUAGGCAGUUGUAAUCUGUAACACACCACGUUCAAUCUUCUCAGGACUUUAAACGGCCCCACAAACCGCCGACCCAGUUUCCGGCAGGGCAGGCGGAGGGGCAGGUUUCUGGUAGAGAGCCAGACUCGAUCACCAGGUGCGUACACCGGCCCCUCACUGCGGUGGAGAUCGGCGCUCGCCUUCUGACGACGGAGGGCCCACUGCAGGUGGACGUGUGCAGCGUUCCACGUCUCCUCCGAGCGCCGCACCCACUCAUCCACCGCAGGAGCCUCGAUCUGGCUCUGCUGCCAUGGUGCCAGAACCGGCUGGUAACCUAACACACAUUGGAAAGGGGUUAGGUUAGUUGAGGAAUGGCGUAGGGAAUUCUGGGCCAUUUCUGCCCAGGGAACGUACCGUGCCCACUCCUCCGGCCGGUCCUGGCAGUAUGAUCUAAGAAACCUACCCACAUCCUGGUUCACACGUUCCACCUGCCCAUUACUCUCAGGAUGGUAACCCGAGGUGAGGCUCACCGAGACCCACAAACGCUCCAUAAAUGCUCUCCAGACUCUGGAGGUGAACUGGGGACCUCGAUCAGACACAAUAUCCUCGGGUACCCCGUAGUGCCGGAAAACGUGGGUGAAUAGAGCUUCGGCGGUCUGUAGGGCAGUAGGAAGGCCCGGCAUAGGGAGCAAACGACAGGCCUUAGAGAACCGGUCCACAAUGACCAGUAUAGUAGUAUUCCCCUGCGAGGGGGGAAGGUCAGUGACGAAGUCCACCGAGAGGUGAGACCAUGGUCAUUGUGGAACGGGCAGGGGUUGUAACUUACCCCUAGGCAGAUGUCUAGGCGCCUUACACUGGGCGCACACCGAGCAGGAGGAGACAUAAACCCUCACAUCCCUCGCUAACGUGGGCCACCAGUACUUAGCACUAAGGCAGUGCACUGUCCGGCCAAUACCAGGAUGUCCAGAGGAGGGUGACGUGUGAGCCCAAUAGAUCAAUCGAUCCCGAACCUCGAGCGGGACGUACGUCCGACCCUCCGGGCAUUGAGGAGGACUAGGGUCGGUGCGCAACGCCCGCUCGAUCUCAGCAUCGACCUCCCACACUACCGGUGCCACCAGACAAGACUCCGGCAGUAUUGGAGUGGGCUCCACGGACCUCUCCUCCGUGUCAUUCCGCCGAGACAGUGCGUCUGCCUUACCGUUCUGUGACCCAGGGAUGUACGUGAUCUUAAAUACGAACCGGGCCAAAAACAUGUUCCACCGCGCCUGGCGAGGGUUCAGUCUCCUAGCUGCCCGGAUGUACUCCAGGUUACGGUGGUCAGUCAAAAUGAGAAAAGGGUGUUGAGCCCCCUCAAGCCAAUGCCUCCACACCUUUAGGGCCUGUACCACGGCUAACAGCUCCCUGUCCCCUACGUCAUAAUUUCGCUCCGCCGGACUGAGCAUUUUGGAAUAAAAAGCACAGGGGCGGAGUUUAGGUGGCGUGCCGGACCGUUGCGAAAGCACGGCCCCUAUACCGGCCUCUGACGCAUCCACCUCUACCUGAAAUGGUAAAGAGGGAUCUGGAUGCGCCAGCACCGGAGCCGAAGUAAACAGGUUCUUCAGCCUCCCAAAGCCCUGUCCGCCUCGGCUGACCACUGCAAACGCACCGGACCCCCCUUCAAAAGAGACGUUAUGGGAGCUGCCACCUGUCCAAAACCCCGGAUAAACCUCCGGUAGUAAUUUGCAAAAACUGCUGCACCUCUUUAACAGUGGUUGGAGUCUGCCAAUUACGCACGGCUGACACCCGGUCAACCUCCAUCUUCACCCCUGACGCAGACAACUGAUAACCCAAAAAGGAGAUCGACUCCUGGAAAAACAGACAUUUCUCUGCCUUGACAUACAGGUCGUGCUCCAACAGCCUCCUCAACACUUGGCGCACCAGGGCCACAUGCUCGACUCGGGUAGACGAGUACACGAGAAUGUCAUCUAUGUAAACGACCACCCCCUGCCCCUGCAUGUCCCUGAAGAUCUCAUCCACGAAUGAUUUGAAAACUGAAGGAGCGUUCAUCAACCCAUAUGGCAUGACAAGAUACUCGUAAUGACCCGAGGUGGUACUAAACGCUGUCUUCCAUUCAUCGCCCUCUCUAAUGCGUACCAAGUUGUAAGCGCUCCUGAGAUCUAAUUUUGUGAAAAAACGCGCCCCGUGCAAUGACUCCGUCAUGGUCGCAAUCAGAGGAACUGGAUAACUGUACUUCACCGUGAUCUGAUUGAGACUACGGUAAUCAAUUUACGGGCGUAACCCUCCAUCCUUCUUCUUCACAAAAAAGAAACUCGAGGACGCAGGGGAAGUGGAUGGCCGUAUGUAUCCUUGUCUCAGAGAUUCGUCUAUGUAAGUCUCCAUAGCUCUCUUCUCCUCUUGAGACAGAGGAUACAUAUGGCUCCGUGGGAGCGCAGCUCCUGCCUGGAGGUCUAUCGCACAAUCUCCCUGCCUAUGAGGAGGUAACUGCGUCGCCCUCGACUUACUGAACACAAUAGCCAAAUCGUCAUACUCGGGGGGAAUGUGCAAUGCGGGCACCUGGUUUGGACUCUCCACCGAGAUAGCCCCCACGGAAACACCUAAACAUCACCCCACACACUGGGCAGACGACUCCAUCAGAGCCCUCUCCUGCCACGAAAUAGACGGAUUAUGGAUACUCAACCAGGGCAUUCCCAGCACCACCGGAUACGCAGGAGAGUCGAUCAGAUAUAGCUGGAUAAUCUCCUCAUGACCCCCCUGCGUACACAUCCUAAGUGGUGCCGUGACUUCCCUGAUCAAGCCCGAUCCCAACCGACGGCUAUCUAGGGCAUGAACGGGGAAUGGGACGUCAACAGGAAGAAGGGGAAUCCCUAAUUCUAAACAAAAUUUUCUAUCAACAAAAUUCCCAGCCGCGCCUGAAUCUACUAGCGCCUUAUGCUGUGAAUGAGGUGCAACCUGUGGAAAUCGCACAGGUAUACAGAAGUGCGCAACCGAGAGCUCUGGGUAAGUGGGGCGCCUACUCACCUGGAAGGACUCCCCAGUGCGGAGCCUGUCGUCUUCUCCCCUAGGAGACCCUCCCCAGCACCUAGCCUCGGUGUGUCUUCCACGGCCACAGUUGGUGCAGAGGACGGCCCCCCUCGUACUCCGACCCCUCCUCUCUCUAGCGCCAGCACCCCCGAGCUCCAUAGGGCUCGGCUCGGAGGUGCUGGAGGAUGGAAUGGACGGACCCCCCUCGGAACGUCCGCGGGUAGCCAGCAGGGUGUCCAGCCUGAUGGACAUGUCCACUAACUGAUCGAAAGAGAGGCUGGUAUCCCUGCAGGCCAGCUCCCGACGAACGUCCUCUCGUAGACUACAGCGGUAGUGAUCGAUGAGGGCCCGCUCAUUCCACCCUGCAUCCGCCGCUAGAGUUCGGAAUUCUAAAGCGAACUCCUGGGCGCUCCUCCUCCCCUGCCGGAGGUAGAACAGACGCUCCCCCGCCGCUUUCCCCUCAGGUGGAUGGUCAAACACAGCCCUGAAGCGGCGGGAGAACUCAGAGUAGGUGAUGGUGGAGGCGUCUAUUCUCCUCCACUCUGCGUUGGCCCAUUCCAACGCCUUGCCGGUAAGACAGGAGAUGAGGGCGGACACGCAGCGGUCCCAUCAUAGGCCCUCGGGAGCGAGAGCCGAAUUCCCCUGGGUUCCGGAGCUUGAAUGGGCUGACUGGCCGAUGGUGAUGGCACGGGAGGUGGAGUUGUGGGUGUCCCUCUGGUCUCCCAGCGUUGAAGGGUGUUAAUCACGUCCUGAAGGGCGGUCCCGAUACGAAGGAUCUGAUCGUUCUGCUCACGGACCCUAUCCUCCAGAGACUCAGGUGCUGCUGCGGCUCCUGCUGAUUCCAUCCUUAUGGUGUGUGAUUCUGUCAGUGGGUGCUGUAGGUGGGUGUGGUGCAGGAAUCAGGCGCAGGACGCAGAAACUUAGUCCAAAAGACUUUAGUGAACACUCACUCAUAACACGAGCCAAAAAGCCCGGAGGCGAGAAAAUACGCACACAAGCGUAGAACAAAAUGCGCACUAACAUGUGCGAGAACCCUCCCUAACAGAGGAGGAAAACAACGAAGCACAGACAACCAACAGUAGUGCACAAACACGACAGCAAGUACAAUCACACACAACACCUGACAAACACAACGAGAACUUAUAGGACACUAAUGAGCGCUAAACGAAAACAGGUGUACAACAUCAAGACAAAACCAAACGAACAUCGAAACAUACAACGGUGGCAGCUAGUACUCCGGAGACGACGACCGCCGAAGCCUGCCCGAGCAAGGAAGAGAGGCAGCCUCGGCCAAAACCGUGACAGUACUCAAGUAUAUUUUUGCAAUUACAUUUACUUUUGAUACUUAAGUAUAUUUAAAACCAAAUACUUUUAGACUUUUACUCAAGUACUAUUUUACUGGGUGACUUUCACUUUUACUUGAGUCAUUUUCUAUGAAGGUAUCUUAACUUUUACUCAAGUAUGACAAUUGGGUACUUUUUCCACAACUGCACACCCACACACAUGCACACACAUACACUCCAAUGCAUUUAACGCAGGUAUUUGAAAGUAGUUUAAAAUAGUAGGCUGUUUAUAGGAAUUAUUUUAGCAUACAGUGAGGGAAAAAAGUAUUUGAUCCCCUGCUGAUUUUGUAAGUUUGCCCACUGACAAAGACAUGAUCAGUCUAUAAUUUUAAUGGUAGGUUUAUUUGAACAGUGAGAAACAGAAUAACAACAAAAAAAUCCAGAAAAACGCACGUCAAAAAAGUUCUAAAUUGAUUUCCAUUUUAAUGAGGGAAAUAAGUAUUUGACCCCUCUGCAAAACAUGACUUAGUACUUGGUGGCAAAACCCUUGUUGGCAAUCACAGAGGUCAGACAUUCCUUGUAGUUGGCCACCAGGUUUGCACACAUCUCAGGAGGGAUUUUGUCCCACUCCUCUUUGCAGAUCUUCUCCAAGUCAUUAAGGUUUCGAGCCUGACGUUUGGCAACUCGAACCUUCAGCUCCCUCCACAUAUUUUCUAUGGGAUUAAGGUCUGGAGAACGGCUAGGUCACUUCAGGACCUUAAUGUGCUUCUUCUUGAGCCACUCCUUUGUUGCCUUGGCCGGGUGGUUUGAGUCAUUGUCAUGCUGGAAUACCCAUCCACGACCCAUUUUCAAUGCCCUGGCUGAGGGAAGGAGGUUCUCACCCAAGAUUUGACGGUACAUGGCCCCGUCCAUCGUCCCUUUGAUGCGGUGAAGUUGUCCUGUCCCCUUAGCAGAAAAACACCCCCAAAGCAUAAUAUUUCCCCCUCCAUGUUUGACAGUGGGGAUGGUGUUCUUGGGGUCAUAGGCAGCAUUCUUCCUCCAAACACGGCGAGUUGAGUUGAUGCCAAAAAGCUCGAUUUUGGUCUCAUCUGACCACAACACUUUCACCCAGUUCUCCUCUGAAUCAUUCAGAUGUUCAUUGGCAAACUUCAGACAGGCCUGUAUAUGUGCUUUCUUGAGCAGGGGGACCUUGCGGGCGCUGCAGGAUUUCAGUCCUUCACGGCGUAGUGUGUUACCAAUUGUUUUCUUGGUGACUAUGGUCCCAGCUGCCUUGAGAUCAUUGACAAGGUCCUCCCGUGUAGUUCUGGGCUGAUUCCUCACCGUUCUCAUGAUCAUUGCAACUCCACGAGGUGAGAUCUUGCAUGGAGCCCCAGGCCGAGGGAGAUUGACAGUGUUUUGUGUUUCUUCCAUUUGCGAAUAAUCGCACCAACUGUUGUCACCUUCUCACCAAGCUGCUUGGCGAUUGUCUUGUAGCCCAUUCCAGCCUUGUGUAGGUCUACAAUCUUGUCCCUGACAUCCUUGGAGAGCUCUUUGGUCUUGGCCAUGGUGGAGAGUUUGGAAUCUGAUUGAUUGAUUGCUUCUGUGGACAGGUGUCUUUUAUACAGGUAACAAACUGAGAUUAGGAGCACUCCCUUUAAGAGUGUGUUCCUAAUCUCAGCUCCUUAGCUGUAUAAAAGACACCUGGGAGCCAGAAAUCUUUCUGAUUGCGAGGGGGUCAAAUACUUAUUUCCCUCAUUAAAAUGCAAAUCGAUUUAUAACAUUUUUGACUCGCGUUUUUCUGGAUGUUUUUGUUGUUAUUCUGUCGCUCACUGUUCAAAUAAACCUACCAUAAAAAUUAUAGACUGAUAAUUUCUUUGUCAGUGGGCAAACGUACAAAAUCAGCAGGGGAUCAAACACUUUUUUCCCUCACUGUACUUACAAAUACUUCCAAUAGAGGUAGUUGAUUCGGGCCACAUUAUUUGAAAAUACUCAAAUGCACAGAACAAUAAGUAUUUAAAUAACAAAUAAUCAAAUACACAUGUAUUUGAACCCAGGUCACACACACACACGCACAAAAUGAGAAAACAUUUGUAUUUUCUAAAACAACCAAAAAUGUUAUACAACAAAAUAAUACCACAAAAUGUUCUAAUACAACAAAAGUACAAAACAAUUCACAUCAACCACAGAGGCUGGUAUCCCUUUUGGCAGAACAUUAGGCUUGCACCUGCUUCUCUGGUCUGUUACAACAUGACCGAUCAACAGGUAUGGUCACGGUCAAUAAUGUUCCAAAUAACCACAUGGACUGGUAAAGUAAAGGUUAUCUUGAAGUAAGGAUUUGGUCAGAUGUUAGUGUCAUUGUUUAGUUAGCAGUACAUCCAUGGACAGGCAGGACUGUAGUCAAGUCUGAAUGCUGUGGUCAAGUUAUGGUUAGAGCGGUCACCUCCAUGAGCGGGCCUGCGUUCAUCCCACGGUCCGAGCGUGGUCAUAUCCCUGUAACGCAGUCAAACAGGCAGGGCAUGCUAAGGUGGGGCAUCGGUGAGCUGCUGUGGUCAGGUUGCGGUCUGGUGGGGAGCAGUGGUUGCUGCGGUCCGGCCAGUGUUGGGGCAGUCAUUUGAAAGAGGAGGUGAACGACCACCACUUGGACCCCAGUCUCUUCCACAGCUUGAGCUGGGGCUCCGAGGACAGAGAAGGGCCGCAGACCAGGGACUCGCCUGA